GGAAUCGCUAUCCGACGAAGAAGACACCCAUACUCGCUCUCUCAUCAGUACCAUCUCUCAGCAUCCAUUCCCAGCUACUAGAUUCUGCUUAGUAUUUGUUUUUACAUUGUGACGACGAAACACACAGUCAGUCCAAACAGCUAUGGAUACCUCCGGGAAAGAGAAGGAGGCCAUGCAGCUGAUGGCUGAAGCCGACAAGAAGGUCAAAUCUUCCGGCUCGUUCCUGGGAGGGAUGUUUGGGGGGAGUCACCACAAAGUAGAAGAUGCGUGCGAAAUGUACGCUAGAGCAGCCAACAUGUUCAAGAUGGCUAAGAACUGGACAGCUGCUGGUAAUGCAUUUUGCCAGGGGGCGCGGCUCCACAUGCAGCUGCAGAACAAACUUGACUCAGCCACCAGCUUUGUUGACGCAGGGAACGCUUACAAGAAGGCUGAUCCUCAGGAGGCUAUUAACUGUUUAAAUGCAGCCAUCGAUAUUUACACUGACAUGGGUCGGUUUACUAUCGCAGCCAAACACCACAUCACCAUCGCAGAGGUCUACGAGUCUGAGCUGGUGGACAUAGAGAAGGCGAUUGCCCACUAUGAGCAGGCAGCCGAUUAUUAUAAAGGCGAGGAGUCCAACAGUUCCGCUAACAAGUGUCUGCUGAAGGUGGGCCACUAUAGUGCUCAGCUGGAGCAGUAUCCAAAAGCUAUUGAAAUCUAUGAGCAGGUGGCCACCAAUACCAUGGACAACCCCCUGCUGAAGUAUAAUGCAAAAGAGUAUUUCUUUAAAGCCUCUCUCUGCCACUUCAUAGUGGAUGAACUCAAUGCAAAGCUGGCCAUAGAGAAGUAUGAGGAGAUGUUUCCUGCUUUUGCAGACUCCAGAGAGUGCAAGCUGCUGAAGAAGUUGCUGGAUGCCCAUGAGGAGCAGAACUGUGAGGCAUUUACUGAAGCUGUUAAAGAGUUUGACUCCAUCUCUCGUCUGGACCAGUGGCUCACCACCAUGCUGCUCCGUAUCAAGAAAACCAUCCAGGGAGAUGCUGGAGACCUCAAAUAAAGAGCAAUAGAUGGGAAGGGUUGGUGAAGACAGGUGCGAUGGAUAGAGAAAGAAAAAUAAGAGUUUGGAGAGAGAGGAGGAGAUAGAGAGGAAGAGAAAAUAAUCAAGCAGAGAUGUCUGUGUUUGAUGUGUUAUUGUAAAUACCCCAAUGGCUCUGUAAUUCAUCACGUUUUACCAUUUCUCUCCUCACACUCAAACUGUCAAAAACGUUAGCUCUUUCAACUUAUAAUACCCAGUUUUCCUGCUGAUGUAAAAUAUUAUUAUGUUGAGUAAGUCUACAAAACUUGCAAAUUAUUAGAUACUUUAUGGUAGGUCAGUGGGGUACACUCAUAUUUUAAAGUUGAAUCAGUUAACUUUUUCCAGUUCAUCACAUUCACACUUAACCUUUCUAAUCUGUGCACUGAAUUAAUUAUCUUGGUUAAAACCUGUGCAGCAGCAUAAAAUUAUAUUUUGUGGUCCUGCUUAAGAUUUGUUAUAAUAAAUAUACAUAUAUACUUUUUUAUUUAUUUUGGAAAUAUAUCAAGUAUUCCCAGAAAUGAAGUGUAGUGAAGCUAUGAAAUUAUUGAUAUCAAAUACAAUCUCGUUUUGGUCUUAGUUGUCAUACAAAUGUACAAAUAAUGUAAAAAAAAACAACUGGCCUGUGGCUGAAUCUGGUAGCUGACCCCUACUAUACACAUUCAUGUUAUAGAGUGUAGGGCUGUAGAGAUAGCGUAUGCAAAUGGAGUGUGUGUGAGCUUAUGUUUGUGUGUGUGCCUGAUAGAGAGAUAGACACCACAGGGAAUGAACCAGCUCUAUGGGACACAUUAUUACAAUGUGUUAAUGAUUCUUGGCAUGUAAGUCAUCUAUGAUUAAAGUGUUUUUGUUUAUUAUUCUCAAAUUAAAAUGCUUUGAACCAUUUCAUCCUCCCCCUCGCCCUUAUAUCCCAUCACUUCUUCCAACACAAUUCUCCUUAACCCAGACACUCCCACCAGUCCAUACACACUCCCCCUAGCCUCUGUCCCGUUAAAACACAGUCCCCUUUAAACCCCUGGGUACUACUUCAAUGACCCCUUAAAACGUCCUUUAGCCCACUAUACACUUUUUGACUGAAAAGACUGGAUAAGUAAAAGCAUACACAAAUUCUGUCAGGUCUACACGUGUGGUAGGAGUCAGAAGUGAGGGUUUUAGGCUAUAGGUCAGAUAUUAGGGGAAGUGUCUGUGGUGUAGUGUAUGUUUCUGUGUUGUGCUUUUGUGCUGUGUAUUCCUCAGCAUGUUGCCAUAGUAUUUGUGUGUGUUCAGUGUUGUGAUGUGUAAAGUCAAACUAUAGGUUAUCAUACAUUUGUCUAUGUUCAUUAAUUAUCACGUUUGUAUGAUAUGAUUAUGUGCAAAGAUGUACAAAAUAAAAAGUCAACAAACUUGCA